CCGGCCUCGCGCCAAGGGAGGGGGGGUCUCCAUCCUGGCACCCCCUCCCCAACGCUGCUCUCCCAGCAACUCAAGGGAAACUUCCCCAGGUUAGGCGCCCGGCCUCCCCAGGAGGAAUACGGCGAGUUGCUCGCCCGGCUGCUUCUCCCCAUCUGGCCUUCGCUCAUUUAGUGCUGCUGCUGCUGCUGCUGCUGCUGCUGCCGCUGCCGCCUCUCUCUCUCUCUCUCUCCACCCCACCCCACCCCGUCCCGGCGCCCCCGGGGGUGUUUGGACACCGGCGAGCGGAUUUUCUGCGGUUUUGCGGUGAAGUCCACGUGAACUUUGCGUGUGCCCUGGCAGAAAAGGAGGGGCUGUGUGUAUGUUUGUCUUCUUCCAUGGCUUAAGGCGUGACCCGUUGGGUUUUGAAUCGUUUUGCAGCUUUUUAUUUUUCCUCCACCCCUCUGGAGGCGUGUGGAUUUUGAAUUGGACCCAAAACGGAUUACCCAAAUUUACAAAACAUUUUCGAUCUAGAGUAACAACGGGGUUUCUGUUUGUUUGUUUUUACUCCAUAUGCACAUGCACAACACCCCCCCCCCCCCUUUAAAGGUAUUUUUUUUUAAAACCACUGUGAUCAUGUAUUACACGGGCUUUGCUUUUAACGGAAGAUGACUCCAGCGCUUUAUAUAUAAAAAGGAAAUUCCACCAUAAAGCUCUUGGUUGGCUCCCAUCUGAUGGACGUUGCUAAUCUUUAUGCAUAAUUUCAGUGUAACAAGAAAAGCAUUCAGGCAUAACUCGUUUGCAAGAUAACAUCCGACGACGUCGGGAUGACAGUUUUCUGGUUAUCCUCGAAUCUGACUGAAGCCCACGUAACCUAAAAACGAGGGGUCAAAAAUGCUGCUUGGUUUGCCCUGAGCGUGUCGUUCUUUGCCACGGCCUGCAAGACUGUGAAACACUUCGGAACGUCUAAACCUCAACACUGAUUUGUAAGAAAGAGAUAAAUUAUUUUGUUCCUUUCAAGGGAAAGCCUGUGAUAUCUCCCCUCCGUUUCCCCAAAGCUGUUACAAAUCUCAAAGGCAUAAGGGAGCUGUUGUGUUUUACUGCCUGUUGGGAGUGACUGCAGUAGUAUCCCAGGAGCUGGUGGGAGGACCUUUACCUGUUGGUGGCUGGUUGAGUGGCAGGGAACAGCGAUGGCAAUGAAAGCGAGAGCACUUUACAACUUCCAGAGCGAAAACAAGGAAGAAAUUAGCAUCAGGGAGAAUGAGGAACUGGUGAUCUUCAGCGAGAACUCUUUGGAUGGGUGGUUACAAGGGACCAACAGCCGUGGGGAGACGGGCCUGUUCCCCGCGUCCUAUGUGGAGAUCCUUCGGUCCAGAGCCGCCUCGACGUACACAGAGUAUUCCAGCAGUCCGGCCAGAUCCCCUGGGAACGGGUCGUCCUUCUACAUGCCCCCUACAAGCACCAGCGUCUCCCACCAGGGCAGCUUUGAAGACGACGAUGACGAUGAUUGGGACGACUGGGACGAUGGGUCCACAGUGGUGGAGGAGCCCCGGAGUGGGCCCGGCACCAACGGGCACCCGUCUCCCAACCUGUCCUACCCUGGGCCGUACUCCCACCCGAACAACGUGGGCUACCGUCCCAAGCCAUCGUUGGAGAGGCAGGACAGCAUCGGCUCUUCCAAAAGGGGCAGCGUGGUGGGUCGGAACCUCAACCGCUUCUCCUGCUUUGUCCGGUCUGGGGUGGAGGCCUUCAUCUUGGGCGAUGUGCCCAUGAUGUCCAAGAUCGCGGAGGCCUAUUAUAUUGACAUGGGCCCCAAGGGGCCCCAGUGGAGGUCCAACCCGCACCCUUUGGCCUGCUCCGUGGAAGAUCCCACCAAGCAGACCAAGUUCAAGGGCAUCAAGAGCUACAUCUCCUACCGGCUGACCCCCAGCAACAGCAACGCGGCUGUCUACCGGCGCUACAAGCACUUUGACUGGCUCUACAACCGCCUGCUGCACAAGUUCACGGUCAUCUCGGUGCCACACCUGCCCGAGAAGCAGGCCACGGGGCGCUUCGAGGAGGACUUCAUUGAGAAGCGCAAGCGGAGGCUGGUCCUGUGGAUGGACCACAUGACCAGCCACCCCACCCUCUCCCAGUACGAGGGCUUCCAGCACUUCCUCACCUGUGGGGACGACAAGCAGUGGAAGAUGGGCAAGCGGCGGGCGGAGAAGGACGAGAUGGUGGGCGCCAGUUUCCUGCUGACGCUGCAGAUCCCGACGGAGCACCAGGACCUGCAGGACGUGGAGGACCGAGUGGACACGUUCAAGGCCUUCAGCAAGAAGAUGGACGACAGCGUGCUGCAGCUGACCAACGUGGCCUCCGACCUGGCGCGGAAGCACGCUGGGGGCUUCCGCAAAGAGUUCCAGAAGCUGGGCAACGCCUUCCAAGCCGUCAGCCAGUCUUUCCAGAUGGACCCGCCCUACAGCUUCGAUGCGCUCAAUGGCGCCAUCUCGCACACGGGCAAGACCUACGAGACGGUGGGGGAAAUGUUUGCAGAGCAGCCCAAGAAUGACCUUUUCCUCAUGCUGGAUACGCUUUCCCUGUACCAAGGACUCCUCUCCAACUUCCCGGACAUCAUCCAUCUUCAGAAAGGUGCGUUCGCCAAGGUGAAGGAGAGCCAACGGAUGAGCGACGAAGGGAAAAUGGACCAGGACGAGGCGGACGGGAUCCGGAAGCGCUGCCGCGUGGUGGGCUUUGCCCUACAGGCGGAAAUGAACCACUUCCACGAGAGGCGCAUCUCGGACUUCAAGACGAUGAUGCAGUCUUACCUCAAGCAGCAGAUUGUCUUCUACCAGAGAGUCAGCCAACAGCUGGAGAAGACGUUGAGGAUGUACGACAACCUCUAGUACCUGCUGACUGCCUGACACUCCUUUUGCACCAGGCCGGGUGUUAAAGCCAACCCCACCCCCCUGCCCCGAGGCCCCCAACCCGGAUCUGUUAGCUGGGAUGACUUUUUCUCUAUGUCCGGACAAGGGCGCCUCUCUGAGCAUGAGAAGUGUACCAGCUUAUUGAAUAGCCAGGCCUAUACUUAUGGGAUUGAGCAGCGGGGCUUCAGAAUCAGGGCACCUUGUUUCCCCGCAGCAUUGAGCCCCCCUGAAAUCUCUUAAUGUAUGCAAAAUUAAAACACUACACAAAUAAAGGGAACUUGUAGCACUUGCGACCAAACUCUGCAUUGAAAGCGCCUCUAUUUGCGAAGAGCAAGCGAAAAAACGGGACGUGAACAACAUCCCGGCGAAAGCCUCCUCCUCCUCCUCC